AUGAAGAUGCACCACUACCUGCGGCAGUGGGGCAUCAACGUGUCGAAGGGCACGACGUUCCUCCGCAAUACAAUUCAGCAGAUGAUCAGGUAUACGUACGCGACGAUGCGGAACAAGGCCUCCAACAAGGUGGCGAAGGCGAGCGGCGGGUGUUGCACGGUGCAGCAGGCACAGGUGACAUGGUGUGUGCUGGGCACCCACGCGUUUCACGCGGUCCUGACACGGAAGCCGCACAUGUACCCGCAGCUCAUCAAAUGGCUGAACUUCGAACUCGCUCGGCCCCGACAUCGGCGAUUAAAGAAGCAGUUCCGGGGAAUUGUCAAGGAGGGAUUGAACACGCUGACUGUGUUGGCCUUCUAG